AUGUAUCAGUUAUCGCAGAGAAUUCUCAUAGCUAUUGUUGUAUCGAUUGAUUUCUAUGUGAAUGCGCUGUUGAGGAGAUCAUUGAAGUGUCGAAGAGCACGUAUGCUCUCUUCGGCCAAAUAUCAUGGAGUACGGCGAGUGGCAUGGAUCUUCGUUGCCAGUUUUCUCUUUGUGUUUAUAGUAUUUUCGCUGCGACAGGAUGGUAUCACGGAGAGUGAAAUGUUGCCUCGAAAGAAAGUGGGCGGCCCAUUUGAUUCGCAACCAUUCGCUCAGGCCAUAGUUCAUCUUGAUCUCAAAGGUGCUCCACCAAAAGUGAAUGUUUAUGAGUGGUUUUUCCCGCUUUUGAGAAGUCUGGGUGUUCACGGAGUGUUAAUGGAAUACGAAGACAUGUUUCCUUAUACGGGAGAGUUAGCGAAGGUGAAGAGGUUGCAGCACUAUAGUGAAGCAGAUAUCAAGAAAAUUCGUAGGAUAGCUGCCAUUAACAAUUUGGAAAUCAUACCAUUAGUGCAAACAUUUGGCCAUAUGGAAUUCAUUUUAAAGCAUCAACAAUUUUCUCAUUUGAGAGAAACACCGCUGGCGGAUGAUACAAUAUGUCCAUCGGAUGAACGUUCAAUCAGGCUGAUAGAAAACAUGAUCAAGCAGAUUCGUACUCUUCAUCCCAAAUCGAAGAGGAUUCAUAUUGGUGCCGAUGAAGCUUUUCAUAUUGCGGAGGACGAUCGUUGCCGUGCUCGCCUUGAAAAAAUGGAUGUGGAAAAUCAGCCCAGAGCUAU